CUGGAGCUGUUUGAAUCCGCCAUCCAGGAGUUCAAAGCGGCGUUACAAGCGGAUGCGACGAAGCUAAGUGUGGCGGAUAGGCGGACGGUGCAGAGCGAGUUGGACGAUGCGGAGCAGCGCGCGCGCGGGAGAAGAGCAAGGGCUGACUGCUAUCCUUUGCUGCAUGAAGGCGUUGACCGGCGCUGCACAACAGCGGAGAUCCGCAAGGCGUACCGGAUACAGUCUCUGAAGCACCACCCGGACAAGAAGUUUCUAAUGGUCACGGAGGCCUACAAUACCUUGUCGGACCCUCUUGAAAGGCUUAGAUAUGAC